CGCAUGACCCCGGGGAUCCGGAUCCUGGGGCCCAGUCAUCCGCUAGUCCCACUCCGUGCGUCCUCUCCUCAGCCGUCUCUGCGCUCUAACAUCGCUCGCUUAUUGUCGUCGUUAUUAUUAUUGUUGUUGUUUACAUUUUGGGUUGUGAUUACAAACAACGUUUCUGUUCUCACUUGUUCUGCCGGUGUGCCGUGCGCAACAGCAGCAGUAGCAGCAGUAACAUUUAUCGGCGAGGAUAAGCCGCGUCUUGUGGCGACUGUCGGUGGUGGUGGUGGUGGGGGGUGGUUGUUGUUUGUGUUGUAGGCGGUUGUUGUUGUUGUUUGUGUUGUAGGCGGUUGUAGUGGUAGGGUCGCCUUGCUUUAGUGUUCAGUGACACGGCCCCCCCCUCUGCCAUCCCGUCGGCACAGCGCUCCUCCACGCCAACGCGCUCCCAACUCCGCAGUCACCGCCUCGCUCCGCGCUUGCAGCCGUGUGGAGGACCCUAAAACGGGGGGCCCAGUGUCGACAAUCGCCCCCCCCCCUCCCCACACUCCACUGGCUGUCUCGUAGUCUACAGGGGCCGAGUGCCCUCCGUGUCCGCCAGCAAAAAAGGGGAACGCUAGACUAGAAACGCAUUGCAAGCGGCCGUGGGGUUUGUUGGUCCAGUUGGUGGUAAGUUUGCGGUGGUGGUUUUGUGUGGCUUUCGUGUUGCUGUGUCUGGUCGACGUCGGCCGAGGUGUCGGGGUCGCAGUUAAGAGGCCGGCGGGCGAGGUCUAGGACUGUUAAACCAAGCGGGGAGACUUCGCACCAGGUGUUAUACGUCCCAGGGGGGGGGGAGGAGGUUUAGUUAGCGACGUUGUGAGAUCUCCGCGAGGAUUUGAUGCUGUAGGGUUAAAUCUAGGCGAGGUAUAGGACUGUGUCUUAAGGGAGGUUUAGUGUCGUUAAACCCCGACGAGGCUUAAGUGGAGUCGUGUCGCAACAAAGUGUGGUUUAAGGUAGAGUCGAGUUGAACCCUAAGGGAGACUUAGGUCGUGUCAACCAAAGGAAGACGUCGUGCAAAACCUAGCGUUAAACCUUAAGGAGGUUUUUUUUUUCUUUUAAAAAGCGUAGUCUCUCGCAUCUAAGGAGAAGCCCCUUUCAUUAGAGGUCACGUUUGCCCUCAACUGAGGCUCAUCAUGUCCAGCAUCAUCCCGGCGAGCAAGCUGCGAUUCGCCGUGCUGGGCGUGGAGGGCGACUCCUCCUCGGGCUCGGAGGCCGAUGAAGACGUUGUCCACCACGGCACGAGGAAGGAUGGAGGAGGACGUGGUGGUGGUGGCGGCGGCGGCGGUGGUGGUGGCGCAGGACGAGGAGGGGUUGGACGAGGAGACGGAGGCGCAGGUGGAGCUGCUGGGGAGAAGAAGCGGGCGAGGAAGAAGAAGAAAAAGGAGAAGAUGAUCGAGCAGACCAACGAGCUGAGGAACCUGGCCUUUAAGAAGCUGCCCGUGCGUCCAGCGGUCCGUGUGGAGGGCGACGCAUCGUCACCACAUGCCCAGCUCGACUCGCAGAAGCCCAACGGAGAACAGCGCUCCAACGGGGAGCGCAGUCUGGUCGCUGACGGCGUGCCAGACGAAGGCACCUGCGGACAGCUGGACACGUUGGAAACUUUUGAUGCCGACCUUCAAAGAGCUCUCCGUCUCAGCAAGAUGGAGUACGAGUUUCAAAAGACGCAAGGGGUCGUCGAUCCAGACGGAGUCCCUCGGGUCCCCAAUCGGAAGGAGCGUCGCAAGCUCCUCCAGGAGGCGCGUGACCGCGACGUCGCCCCCAGGAUGGUGGAGGUGCUGCUGCCUCCCGAACCGACGCCGGCACACGCUGCCCAGACGGACGGCGCCGCAGACGCACCGAGCGGCGGCGGCAGCAGCACCAACAGCAGCAGGGCCACUGACAGGAGUCGGGGUGGCUCCCGGGGUAGCUCUGGUUCCGCGGCGGCGGCGGUGCUGUCGUGCCGGGGCGCCGCGGAGGAGCCCCCGGCGGAGCGCGCAGCGCGGCUUCCGAGCCCCGUCCUGGAGACGGUGAGGAUCGAGCAGCUCAAGGACGGCCUGGCGAAGAAGGACAAGGAGAUCGCCGACCUGAAGGUGGUCACGGCUGAGUGGGAGGUGAAGUUCAAGGAGGUGAAGAAGCGGAACGCACAGCUGUUGUACAUGCUGCAGCAGGGAGAAAUGAAGGAGAAGUCUGACGUGCUCCUGCAAGUCGAGGAGCUGACCAACAUAAAGAACGAGCUCACACAGCAGGUCUCCGACCUCCACACUGCUCUGGAACAGGAGAGGUCGAAGGUGAAAACGCUACAAGCAGAGCUCGUGAAACACCAGCAGGGAGGGAAGAAAAUAAGAAAAGCUUCAGAGAGUGAACACUGAUCUCGGGCAACACGGAUUAAACCGCACUCGCAGCUUCCGAGGCUGGACGAAGUGCAACGGUGAUUAUUUUUACACGUUGCGUUACCCCUCAAUCCAGGGACCGAACUUCCGAAGUUGAAUUUAUUUCGCGUUUCCACGGCACAACGAGUGCAUUGUGCCAGCUUUGUUUUAUUUUGUUAUCAUUACAUGCGGCCUCUUGUGUGUGUGUGUAACGUGGGACUGUGUAAGCUCACGUGCGACUCACGCAGAAAGAUGUAGCACGAGUGCUCUGUGAGUGGCAAGGAGGUGUGCCGGUGCAGCUGGCGAGGGUUUACUCCGGGUGGCCCGGGAUGUGACGAGUCAUCGGUGCGUACGGAACAACCGUAGCGUGUUGCAAUAAAAUGCUGCGAUGGUUCAUUUCCAAAGGCACAAAACCCGACGCCUGUCUCAAGUUUGUUUUUAUUAAGGCUAAGUUGUACCUCAUAAACCCGGUCAAAUGCGACAGAGCCGUAGUGCAUUUAUCCGCUUGUUGCGGAGUUUUGGGGUUCAUAAUAGCCGUCUGUAGCGCAGGGAACAUUAGAUCCCGUGGCGUUUUAAAAAAAAAUAGGGGGGGGGUAGGCCUUGCGUGCCAUUGUCAUGGCACAAAUUUGCCAAGCUUAAAACAAAUUUGCUUGCAUUUUACUGAAUUGUAGCAACCAAAUAAGAAAAUCGCCCCCUACUGACAGGCUAUGCCCGUUUGCAGGCCUGUGCUCAAUCUUUGCUGUCGGUCUCUGUUCCUCCUCCUUGCGCUUAAUCCUCGCUUUCGCUAUUUUUCUCUCCUUGCCACCCUUAACUGGAACAAACUUCCCCGCUCCACAUUAACCAGGCAACGUCACUCACUAAGUUUACCCUCCUCACUAAAAACGUAUUUCUUGUUCCCUAGCUCACCCCACGACCCCCUUAAUCUCCCCCUCAUAACCACCACCGUUACUGUCCCCUCUUCAUAUUCUCAUUAUACGGCUAUCACUCUUCCCCGUUCAUUCAAUCCAUUCAUCAUCAUUUACUGUCAUCGAUUUAGCUUUCACCGAAUUCACACGUCACAGAUUUGCCCCCCAUUGCUUCCUCUCAUCUGUUUCAUUCACCUCGUCUCCACCAUCACAUUCAUAUGUACCAUUGUUAAUUCUGUGUAAAGCGCCUUCGAUAAGGCGUUUAUUAUAUUAUUUUAAGGUAAGAGAAGAUACUGCUUCACCUUGUGCCGCACAGGGACAGUUUUCAUCGGGGGGUCCCCUCGGCGCAUUCAUCGAGAGAGGAGCUACAUUUGUACAUUGGAAUGAUCGCGAUGUGAUGCAAGGCGCCUCGAGACAUUUAAGUGGCCGAUGUAAAUUCCUAAAUCCUUAAGUUGUGAGCACAGUUUUUUUUGUGGCUUUUUACCAUUGCUAAUAUACUCAUGGCUCGAGGCAACCAGUGGAGUGGCUGAGCACUGUCUAAUGCCUCUCUUGAGUGUAGAGAUAUUUUCACUCGUUAAUAUUUUCUCCGGCUUGCCACCUGCUUUAUAGUUGACAUUGACAAAUUCCGCAUUCACAAAAAGGUUGCCUUUGCAAACUGCAGUGCACAAGCUGCUGCAUUGAGGGCACGUUAUUACUUUUAAUUUGUUAAAGCAGCGCAUCAAUUGCCGCAACGCUUGGGCACACGCGACAAACUAUUCCGAAGAGUCUUCCAGAAGAAUGUGCGCUGCGGCGGAGAAGAAGCGUGUGAAAGAGAUGUGAGGACUGUGAGGCCUUUGAACAGGUGCUUGAAGUUUCACGACGACAGCAUACAGGGAAAGGGGCGACCACCAACUUUAGUGAAGGUUGACUACUCGGAAGUGGAAAGGCAGUAGUGUCGUGGGUCUAAUAAAGAGAAUUCGUGCUCGGAGUUUAGGGAAGGUGAGGCCAGAGACCUAAUGCUGGAUCAGACCACAGAAGAUUAAAACAGGCAAACUUCAUUUCCAAAUCCUGUGCGAUUACUCAUGUAUGUCAAUGAGGAACACUGCAAACCGUGAGUUAAGGCGCUCUACUACAAGUCCAAGUACCUUCGGUGUUGACACGUGUAAUGAAAAAUUUCGGAACAAUAAAGUUUGCCUGUAGCAAGGAUCGGUAAGUGGAGUGUGUUGUUGAGCAAGACGCAACCCAAACAAUGUAUCGGUUCAAGUAGAAAUUUGCAUCUGCAAAUAACAAAAACCUGCAGAAUAAUCAGUGACAUCUCAGCUCCAGGCUCUAUGGUGCAGUGCCACUGUUGUCGAUCUGAAAUCCCCCCCCCCCCCCAUAUGUGCUGAGCUCCAUAGGCAAGCAUGGAUUACCUCCCAGCAUUUGCUGUGGAUUGUGACUUUGGCCAGAGAUUCACGAUGGGGCUUCCAGCUCACACGGGUUGAGACCCCAGUGUUGCUGUACCGUCAUUAGAGGGCGCUAUGGCGGUUCGCCUGAGAGAGUCGCUUGUAGUCCGGUUUUGUCAAUAAUGAAGCUGAUGAUGACUCGUCUCAGGCAUCCCGUGACGUAGACCCGAGCGUCACAUCUGUGAUAUAACCGCGGAUUUUUUUGGGGUUGUGUCUACCGAGACAUGGAUGCCCUGAACUUGUCCUUAUGUAUGUUGAACUUCUUUCGCACCGUACUUAGCCCGCCGUGCUAAUCGGAGGUUGCGGAGUGCUCACCACUCUUCACUUAGCAUGCAGAGUCGCCAGUUUGAUUCUCAUUCUGGUUUCCCGAGUUAUGUCCUGCAGGGAAUUGCCAAAGUGCAGUAUCUGCUGCAUAGUGUCCUUUAAGUACCCUGCAGUGUCACCUGCAAGUGUAGGGGCCAUUGCGCGCUGUUGUGGCCUAAAGAAAUCCGCUUCACUCAGUUUUUAUGGAACAGGAUGCUGUUGGGCAUGGCAAGUGGUAGGUGUUGAAACCGCUUGCUGCUGUUCGUGUGUGAUGGGAAUGUUGGCGGAAGGAGGGGGGAGGUGGUCUGGCUUUGUGGCACGGUGGUUCGCGCACUUCAUAUUCUGAAGGAGUAUCAAUUCCUGGCCGCCCAGUCGCUUAAGCCGCUCAUCUCUCAAGAGGAUUAUCUAAAUUAAAUGUUAAUUCCUGGAAAGUCAACAGUGGGAAUUUUAUUGAGAGAUUGCCUCUUGCCUUCAGCAUGUGGAAUUUUCACCCCGAGCUUGGGUGCUGCUUGCAUCGGUGAAAACUGCCCCAAUGCGCGUUUGAGCAGGGAGAUAUUUUGACUUGCUUAGAACAUUAUGGCUCUGCUUUGUUAUUGCUCUGCAAAAACGGACAAGCACGAAUUCUGCCGCGAGCCUUUCGCAGGAAGAGAUGGCAAAGCGAGCACAGCGUGCGUGAUCUUUCGGGUCGAUGUCGGGUGAGUUGUCCCCAAAAAAUAACAAUUGGUGCAAUGAAGGGGACAAUAUCGAGCCGAAUAUUGCAUGAAAAUAUCAAAACGUUGGUACCACGUACACGGGGGUCGGCAACCAAAAUAACAGGAAGAGCCUUUUUUUUUUUUAGAAUUCGGUAAAAAAAAACCGAGCCGCAAUGCACGUGAAUAACGUCGCAAAGCGGCGGUCCUUAAAGGGCCGUGUGCGGUUACGGAGUCGCCGGAUGCCGACCCCCUGCAUAUACAGCAAGGUGAGGACCUAACGUUGUGACCGCGGCAGCCUCAUCAUUAUUUCGAAGUUGUGAGACGAAAUUGGAAAAACCUGCGAUGUAAUUCGCACAUGUAUGCCUGCAUUACACGAUUCCCGUUCAACUUUCUUUUGAGAAGUGAGCUUCUAGAAUAAGUCAUAGACGUAUAACAUUCAGACCUGGCAGUGAAAUUGUAAUUUGGUUCAUAAAAUGAAAAUGUUUGCUACACUCUUGAACAAGCGGUGCUAGUACUGGUUACAUUCUUCAAUAUAUUUUGUACACUGCGCUUCUCGCAGUGUGUAAAGAUUCAUAUUCAAUUGGUAGAGACCAUUUGUUCUGAUUUACAGAGACACCUUAAAAUGUAACAUGUCUCCUUUUGUAAUAAAUUCUUUCUUCACUUUU